GGCUAUUCGGAGUCCCCAGACCUGGAGUUUGAAUACGCAGAUACCGACAAAUGGGCAGCAGAGCUCUCUGAGCUCUACAGCUACACGGAAGGGCCGGAGUUCCUGCUCAACCGCAAGUGCUUCGAGGAGGACUUCAGGAUCCACGUGCGGGACAAGAAAUGGACCGAGCUGGACAAGAACCAGCACCGCACCCACGCCAUGCGCCUUCUCGACGGGCUGGAGGUCACCGCGCGGGAGAAGAGGCUGAGGGUUGCCCGAGCCAUCCUUUACGUUGCCCAAGGCACGUUUGGGGAGUGCGGCUCCGAGGCCGAGGUGCAGGCUUGGAUGAGGUAUAACAUCUUCCUCUUGCUGGAAGUGGGGACCUUCAACGCUUUGGUGGAGCUGCUGAACAUGGAGAUUGAUAACAGCGCGGCCUGCAGCAGUGCUGUGAGGAAGCCGGCCAUCUCCCUGGCCGACAGCACGGACCUGAGGGUGCUGCUGAACAUCAUGUACCUGAUCGUGGAGACCGUUCGGCAGGAGGCCGAGGGGGACAAGCCCGAGUGGAAGAGCACGAGACAGACCUUCCGAGCGGAGCUGGGAGCCCCCCUGUACAACAACGAGCCCUUCUCCGUCAUGCUCUUCGGGAUGGUGACCAAAUUCUGCAGCGGCCACGCUCCCCACUUCCCCAUGAAGAAGGUGCUGCUCUUGCUCUGGAAGACGGUGCUGUGCACCCUGGGGGGCUUUGAGGAGCUCCAGAGCAUGAAGGCGGAGAAGCGGGAGAUCCUGGGUCUCCCCCCGCUGCCGGAGGACAGCAUCAAAGUGAUCCGCAACAUGCGAGCCGCCUCCCCGCCCGCCUCCGCCUCCGACCUCAUCGAGCAGCAGCAGAAGCGAGGCCGGCGGGAGCACAAG